AUGGCCGCCAACACCACUCCCGGCGCUGUUGAUCAGCUUGCCAUCGACCUUAACAACACCUCACUCAAUGGCGGCGGCAAUGCCAAGCCCACCAUCGAUACCACCGUCGGUGCUGUUGGUCCCGAAGACGCCUCUGCUCCCACUCCCAGCUCUGCUGCACCUCACCCCCAAAAUUCCGCCUCUCUCUACGUCGGAGAGCUUGAUCCCUCUGUCACUGAGGCCAUGCUCUUCGAACUCUUCUCCCAAAUCGGCGCUGUCGCCUCCAUCCGUGUCUGCCGUGAUGCUGUCACCCGUCGGUCUCUAGGCUAUGCCUACGUCAACUACAACGCCACUGCCGAUGGAGAGAAGGCCCUGGAAGAGCUCAACUACACUCUUAUCAAGGGUCGUCCUUGCCGCAUUAUGUGGUCUCAGCGCGAUCCCGCUCUCCGCAAGACUGGCCAGGGCAAUGUCUUCAUCAAGAACUUGGAUGUCGCCAUCGACAACAAGGCCCUCCAUGACACCUUCGCUGCCUUUGGCAACAUUCUGAGCUGCAAGGUUGCUCAGGAUGAAAACGGCAACUCCAAGGGCUAUGGUUUUGUCCACUAUGAGACGGACGAGGCUGCUCAGCAGGCCAUCAAGCACGUUAAUGGCAUGCUUCUCAACGAGAAGAAGGUCUACGUCGGCCACCAUAUCCCAAAGAAAGAUCGUCAGAGCAAGUUUGAGGAAAUGAAGGCAAACUUUACCAACAUUUACGUAAAGAACAUUAGCACUGAAGCCUCGGACGAUGAGUUCCGCGAGCUAUUCGAGAAGUAUGGUGACAUCACAUCUUCUUCUUUGGCUCGUGACCCGGAGGGUAAGAGCCGUGGCUUCGGUUUUGUCAACUUUACCACCCACGAGAGCGCUGCCAAGGCUGUCGAGGAGCUCCACGGCAAGGACUUUCGUGGGCAGGACCUCUACGUUGGUCGUGCUCAGAAAAAGCACGAGCGUGAGGAGGAGCUGCGCAAGUCAUAUGAGGCUGCUCGUCUGGAGAAAGCCAACAAGUAUCAGGGUGUCAACCUCUACAUCAAGAAUCUUGAUGACGAUGUAGAUGACGAGAAGCUUCGCCAGAUGUUCUCCGAAUUCGGCCCUAUUACCUCUGCCAAGGUCAUGAGGGACGCUCCUUCUGAUGGAUCCGACGAUGAUAAGGAGAAGGAGGAAGAAAACGACAAGGAGUCCGAGAUCAAGGAGGAGGCUAAGGAGAUUGAGGAGGAAGAUGCUGAUAAGAAAGCUGACAAGAGGGGGGACAGGAGACUUGGUAAGAGCAAAGGCUUCGGUUUCGUCUGUUUCAGCAACCCCGAUGAUGCCACCAAGGCCGUUGCCGAGAUGAAUCAGCGCAUGAUCAACGGCAAGCCUCUUUAUGUUGCUCUGGCUCAGCGCAAGGAUGUUCGCAAGAGUCAGCUCGAGGCCAGUAUCCAGGCUCGCAACCAGUUGCGUAUGCAGCAAGCUGCUGCCGCUGCCGGUAUGCCUCAGCAGUACAUGCAGCCUCCCGUUUUCUACGGCCAGCAGCCCAGCUUUUUGCCCCAGGCUGGUCGUGGGAUGCCUUUCCCUCAGCCUGGCAUCGGCAUGGGCGGUGUCCAAGGUGGUCGACCUGGUCAGUUCCCUGGGUACCCUCAGCAGAGUGGCCGCGGUGGUGUACCUCAGCAGAUCCCCCCCAACAUGUACGGAAUGCCCGGACAGUUCCCUCCCCAGUAUGGCCAGCCCGGCACUCCUCAAUUCAUGGCCGCUAUGCAGGCUCAGCAGGCUGCCAUGGGUGGACGCGGGGCUCCUCAGGGUGGCCGUGGUGUGCCUCCGCCUAACGCCGGUCCCGGUGGUAUGCCUGGAUAUCCGCCCAACAAUCGCCAGGGUGCUGGGCGUGGUGGAAAUGGCCGCAACAACAACGUCAACGGCCCUAAUCAGGCUGGCCGUGGCGAUGGCAAUAAUGUUUCUGUGCUGCAGGCUCAGCUUGCCGGCGCCCAACCCGCUCAGCAAAAGCAGAUCCUGGGUGAGAUCAUCUUCCCCAAGAUUCAAACCAUCAAUUCCGAGCUUGCCGGAAAGAUCACCGGUAUGCUCCUUGAGAUGGAGAACAGUGAGCUCGUCAACCUGAUCGAGGAUGACAUUGCUCUCAAGGCCAAAGUCGACGAGGCUCUUGCCGUCUACGACGAAUACGUCAAAUCCCAGGGCCAUGAAGGCGCGGAUGUGGGGGAGGCUAAGAAAGAGGAUGAGAUCAAGGCUUAA